CGGGAGAGAGCCGCGGACAUGCUGAAGGAACUCCAGCUCUCCCUGUCGGUCAUCCUGCUGCUUGCCUGUGGCUUCCUCUACCAGCUGUCCCUGCGAUCCGGCUGCCUCUUCUCCUGCCUCCCUCCCUUGAAGUCCCAGGAAGGGCCCGAAGCCCUCCUGAGCCCCGGACGCAGCAUCGUGUUCCUGGAGACCUCGGAGAGAACGGAGCCGCCGCCGCUGGUGUCCUGUGCGGUGGAGUCGGCAGCCAGGAUUUACCCUGGGCAGCCGGUGGCUUUCUUCAUGAAGGGGCUGGGCAAUCCCACACAGCUGCCUUCCAAUUCUACGCACCCCGCGUUCUCCCUCCUCUCCGCGAUGGACAACGUCUUCCUCUUCCCCCUGGACAUGAAGAGCCUACUGGAGGACACCCCGUUGUUUUCCUGGUACACCCAUGUCAACACCAGUGUCCAGAGAAACUGGCUCCACGUCAGCUCGGAUGCGUGCCGCCUGGCCAUCAUCUGGAAAUAUGGUGGCAUCUACAUGGACACAGAUGUCAUCUCCAUCAGGCCCAUCCCUGAGGCGAAUUUCCUGGCCGCACAGGCCUCUCGAUACUCCAGCAAUGGGGUGUUUGGGUUCCUGCCCCACCAUCCCUUCUUGUGGGGCUGCAUGGAAAACUUUGUCGAGCACUACAAUUCAGCCAUCUGGGGCCACCAAGGCCCCGAUCUGAUGACCAGAAUGUUGAGGGUGUGGUGUAAGCUCGGAGACUUCCAGGAGUUGAGCGACCUCAGGUGUCUGAACUUGUCCUUCCUCCACCCCCAGCGGUUCUACCCCAUCUCCUACCCAGAGUGGAGGCGCUACUACCAAGUGUGGGACACAGAGCCGAGCUUCAAUGACUCUUAUGCCCUGCACCUGUGGAACUACAUGAACCGGGAGGGGAGGGCUGUGGUGAGAGGGAGCCACACGCUGGUGGAGAGUCUCUUCCGCAAGCACUGUCCCAGGACGUACAGCCUGAUUCAAGGCCCACAGGAGUCAGUGACCAAGGCGGGGCAUGCAGGUAACCAAUAGAGCUGGCACUGGGUGGCCCCGACGCUUCCUGGAGUGCUCCACUCCCACUUGAUCUCCAUGGUCUUUCCUAUGCAUCAGUUAUGAGUCUCUUUCUCUGUCUCCAGUAGUACAAGCCCGGAGAACAAUGGUGGCUCUACAACAUGGACGUUUAUCCCUAUUUUGCGUAAAAAAAGUCCAAGUGCAGGCGAUCCAGGGUGAGGAUGAUAAAAGCAGUCAUCAGUGACCCAGGUUCCUUGCAUCCUUCUGGCUUGUUGUCUUUGGCGUCCUUAGCUUAUGGUCCGUGAGGCUGCUUCACCUCCAGCUUAUCUUGUCUGCAUUAUAGGCAGCAGGGCAAAAGGAACAGAAAGGGUGCCCCUCCUUCAUUUUAUGAAGACUUUCUGCAAGUAGCAUAUUCCCUUUGCAUCUCACUGGCCAGAGGGAGUGUAGCUGCAAGAGAGGCUGGAAAUCUGAGAAUGAGAAAGCGCGUGUUGGGUUAGACGCUACCAGUUGUACUGCAUGGUUUAUUUGAUACUGGAAGAUUAAUUUUAAGGCCUGUGGA